GGCUCGGGGCGGCUCCGGGGUGACCGCGAUGUUCCCCCGAGCUCGGCAGCUCUCAGCCGGGUCCAGAGGGUGACCUGUGGGUCCAUCCCGCGGCCCGUCCUCUCAGCCGCGCGGCCCGAUGUUGUUUGUGAGUGGGAGCUGCCUCUGCGGGGACCCGCGGGAUUUGGGGUGCCCUGGAAGCUUCUUUCGCUGGGAGCGCGCUUUGUGUGUGUGUGUGAUUCUGGAGUCGGGGAGACACUGCACCUGCCGCCUGAAUAGCACUAGGUUUGUGCUGUGGUGCCUUAGCAAUCGGGCUAGCCCUCAGAUUUGGAGCAAGGCACUGAGAACCACGAGCAAAUUGAGAAGCACGAGGCUGCAAGAUGUCGGGGCGGAGCGGGAAGAAGAAAAUGUCCAAGCUGUCCCGCUCGAGCAGGGCUGGGGUGAUUUUCCCCGUGGGGAGGAUGAUGCGCUACCUGAAGAAAGGGACCUACAAGUACCGGAUCGGGGUCGGAGCGCCGGUGUACAUGGCAGCUGUCAUAGAGUACCUCGCAGCCGAAAUCCUGGAGUUGGCAGGAAACGCGGCGCGGGACAACAAGAAAGGAAGGAUUGCCCCCAGACACAUCCUCCUGGCAGUUGCAAAUGAUGAGGAACUGAAUCAGUUGCUCAAAGGUGUGACUAUUGCAAGUGGAGGUGUCCUGCCCAGAAUUCAGCCUGAGCUUCUAGCCAAGAAACGGGGUGCCAAAGGCAAGUCUGAGACCAUCCUUUCCCCUGCUCCUGAGAAGAAGGGGAGGAAAUCCAUGGUGACCAAAAAGAGUGGGAAGAAGGCAAAAUCUACCAAGGCCCGGACGUCCAAAAAGAACAAACAAAAGGACAAUGAAAAAGAAGGAGCUUCAAAUUCAACAACUGAAGAUGGACCUGGGGAUGGUUUCACUAUCUUGUCCUCCAAGAGCCUUGUGCCAGGACAGAAGCUUUCUCUGACACAGAGUGACAUCAGCCAUAUUGGCUCCAUGAAAGUAGAAGGCAUCGUUCACCCUACAACUGCUGAAAUAGACCUCAAGGAGGAAAUAGGCAAAGCACUGGAAAAGGCUGGAGGCAAAGAGUUUUUGGAAACAGUGAAAGAGCUUCGCAAAUCUCAAGGACCUUUGGAAGUUGCUGAAGCUGCACUCACUCAGUCUAGCGGCCUAGCAGCAAAGUUUGUCAUCCACUGUCACAUCCCACAGUGGGGCUCGGACAAGUGUGAAGAGCAGCUCGAGGAGACUGUCAAGAACUGCUUAACAGCUGCAGAAGACAAGAAGUUGAAGUCUGUGGCUUUCCCCCCGUUUCCCAGCGGCAGGAAUCCCAAGCAAAGUAUUUUAAUGACAGAGCGAGGAAGUCAGCUAAAAACUGCUUCCCAAAACAGACGGCAGCCCAGGUGACCCUCAGAGCAAUUUCCACCCAUUUUGACGGCACCAGCUCUUCCUCCUUGAAGAACAUUUACUUUCUGCUCUUCGACAGUGAAAGCAUUGGCAUCUACGUGCAAGAAAUGGCCAAGCUAGACACUAAGUAGCAACAGCAGCCAAAUGAAACUUUAUUUUUCAACAAACUUGAGUAGCAUUAAAAGCAUUAGAGGUGGGUUUUAUUUUUUCAAUGUGACGAUGAGGGGGAGUGGUAGUAGUGUGACGUGUUGUGACUUGAUGGAGAGCUGUGAUUAGAGAUGAGAGGGGUUUUGUCCAAUUUCUUCAUGCCAUUUUUAUCACCUUAAGCAAUUGAGUUACCAUCUGGCUUCAGGAGUUUAGUGUCCUUUGUUACUUUAGUUUAGGAGUUUUUAAAGAGUAACCUCAUUUUAGAUUUGUAGUGAUGAUUUCUUCACACACACACACACACACACCACUUUCAAGAAAGCUCUUAAAAAUGUCCUGCUCCUUUUUCCCCUCCCUUGAGGGUAGAUGGUAAACUUCAGCCCACAGAGAGGUGAAAAGGGUUUUAGAAGUGAUGCAUGAGGAGCUUCUGUUUUGCUUUUAACUCACAAUAACCUCUGUAAUUACUAAGAAUAUUUCAUGGUGAUUUUGUUUGUUUUAUAAGAAAAAAAGAAAAA